AUGAAGUGGUCACUUGCCAGCGGGCUGGUUUCACUUCUUGUGACGACUGUCACAGCUUGGCCCUACGAUGAGGCCUACCUCGAUCAUAAUCUCAAUACAAAUAAGACGGCCACCGACCCGGCAGAUUACUGGGGAACAUGGCCUGGCCAUGAGGGGAAAUACAACCCCUCCCCAGACAACUGGCGAUUCCCGUUCUACUCUUUCUUCUUGGAUCGUUUCGUGAACGGUGAUCCUACCAAUGACAACGCAAACGGUACCACCUUUGAGCAUGAUGUCGACCACCGCAUUCGCCAUGGUGGUGAUGUGGCUGGCCUUGUUGAUUCACUGGAUUAUAUCCAAGGAAUGGGGAUCAAGGGUAUCUAUAUUGUGGGAACCUCCCUGCUGAACCAGCCGUGGACUUCGGACGGAUAUGGAGUUUUAGAUACAACCCUUCUCGACGCGCACUUUGGUACCCUUCAGGUUUGGCGAGACGCCAUCACCGAAAUCCACAAGCGCGGGAUGUAUGUCUUGUUCGACAAUACCAUUGCGACAAUGGGUGACUUGAUCGGAUUCGAAGGGCAUCUCAACACAUCAACGCCAUUCUCAGAGAAAGAAUAUCAUACACAGUACAAAACUGAACGUCAGUACAAAGACUUCAGUAUUGGAGUUGGUAACUACAACGCGACCUGUGACUACCCUCGAUUCUGGUUCGAAGAUGGAUUCCCCGUGAAUGAAUCUGAGACCUCGGCCUUGGUGGGAUGUUACGACAGCGAUUUCGACCAGUAUGGUGACAUUGAGGCUUUCGGUGUGUGGCCUGAUUGGAAGCGACAACUGGCUAAGUUCGCAUCCGUUCAGGAUCGUCUUCGCGAAUGGAACCCGACUGUGCGUGCAAGAUUGAUCCGGCACUCCUGCAUGGUCAUCCAGUCUCUGGAUAUUGAUGGAUUCCGUUAUGAUAAGGGCACACAAUCCACUGUGGAUGCCCUGGGAGACAUGUCCGCUGCCUACAGAGAAUGCGCGCGCGGUGGAAAUGACUUCGGUUCUAUUUACCUCGGAAGGGGUAGACAGCGUAACCAGUGGCCUGAUAACUCAGCCGCCACAAUGAAGUUGACAAAUGAGUCUUCUGCCCAGUACUUCUUGCGGGAAGCGGGAAAUGAAGCCAUCGACAGUGCGGCCUUCCACUACACGACAUAUCGUUCCUUGACUCGAUUCCUCGGCAUGGACGGCCAACUUUCGGCUGGUUAUGAUGCACCCGAUGACUGGGUCGAGAGUUGGGACUAUAUGUUGAGGUCAAAUGAUCUGAUCAAUGCUAACACCGGCAAGUUCGACCCUCGACACAUGUUUGGUUCGAUGAAUCAAGAUGUCUUCCGCUGGCCAUCGAUUGCCAAUGGUACGCAUCGAGGAUUACUCGGUUCUUUUGUGACAACCUUGUUGCUUCCCGGAAUCCCACUGCUUACUUGGGGCGAAGAGCAGAGCUUCUAUAUCCUGGACGCCACCGCGGAGAACUACAUUUAUGGGCGACAGCCUAUGUCGCCUGCAACCGCAUGGAUGUCCCAUGGUUGCUUCCACUUAGACUCAUCCCAGUACUACGACUGGCCUGUUUCGGCUGCUAAACAUGGCUGCAAGGACAUCACAGUUUCUUACGACCACCGCGACCCUUCGCACCCUGUGCGAAAUGUUCUUAAGCAGAUGUACCGCUUGCGCGAGCAAUAUCCAGUUCUCAAUGACGGUUAUUCCCUUGGAAAUCUAUCAAAGAGAACCGAAAAUGUUUACUACACUGGUUCCAACGGCACUGCCACCGAGACCGGAAUGUGGUCCGUUUACCGGGAUGUCAACACCCAGGUGCAAGAUCUGGGCUCUAACGCCGACAACCAGCCCAUCUGGCUUGUUUACCAGAACAUGAAUGACACGCACACAUACAAGUUCGACUGCAAGUCUGAUAAUCCGAAGAAGACCCUGACCGCUCCAUUUGCGUCUGGAAUCACCGUCAAGAACCUUUUCCACCCGUACGACGAGAUCAAACUGGUGGAUGGAGCGCGUAAGCUCGGCUUCAAUGGAUCCAAGGAGACGAAUGGCUGCGCGGAAAGCAUGACGAUGAAGGCAUACGAGUUCCGCGCAUACGUCCCCAUCGCUCAGCACAAAUCACCUCGGCCCAUGAUCACCAAAUUCACCCCAGGCCAUGAUUACCCACUACGUUCUACCGUGGCCCCUAAUCUUCCCGAGAGUGUGGCGAUUGAGCUUUACUUCUCGGAAGAGAUGAACUGUGACUCGGUGACCGAUUCGAUCACCUUCACUUCAUCUACAGAGAGUGGGAAGGUUCCAGCGCUAAAUUCCAACUCUAUCAAAUGCACAACCAUUCCUACUAUGCUCCAAACAAAUUGGACUGCUGAGAUCCCAAGUGUUUGGAAGUGGGCAGCAAACCUCACUGGCGUGUACAACGGAGUUCAUAAAUUGACUGUCGCCAACGUAACAAACACCGACAAAAGCGAUUCUACCCAUGCUAUUGAUCACUUCCUCUUCCGCAUCGGCCAGAUCGAUAAUCCUAUGGUAUUCAAUACUGCCAACUAUUCAAGCAGUCUACUCCACAAGAAAGAAAACGGCGAUCUUUUCCUCCAGCAUCAUGCUGCUGGUGCGGACAAAUACCGUUAUUCCACCAAUUGGGGAACGACAUUCUCCGACUGGGUAGAUUACAAAGGUGGAAAUGAUACCAUUGCGAAGCUCCCCUGGUCGGGAACCAAGGAUCAGGAGUGGGAGGGUGAGCAUGUACGCGUUGAGUACUGGAGUCGUUUGACUGGAAGCAGCGACUACGUGCAGCAAGGUGAUGCUGACUGGGAUCACCCAGUCUCACGACGCUUCCCCCAUGCCUUCUUCAACGGACCUUUCAACCAGUAUGGCUUCGACGCGGGCCUUGACAACAGAAUUAGGCUUGACAAGAGAACUGGAGUCUGGUCCUACCAUUUCACGUCCGAAUGGCCCGCAGUCGGGCAGCUCAACAUGUGGGGAAUUAAUCCAGACGGAAAGCCUGAUCAAACCUGGGUUCUGGGUGAUCUUGACAAUGACACAGUCUUGGACCGAAGCCCGCCGUCCGCUCUGAGCGCAACCUUGAUCAACAUCACCCUUGCGCCAGCUAAAGGCUACCUCUCCCACAAGCUCUACUUCGACGACGGAACUCUCCAUUUCUGGCUUGAUCCGGUUGGACCUCAGUCAACACAGAUUACCAUGUUCGUGUUAUUCUGGAUCAUACCAUUCCUCACUGCCAUUGCUUGUGUGUACAUCUUUAUGAAGUCUUUCUACAAGGUGAAAUUCAACCAGGUCGGCUUGAGUGAGAAACAAAACAUUCCACUCGCAAUUUGGAACAAGGUGAAGGGCGCUGGUCGAAGGGAUCCAGCCUCUAAUCCACUCAUGCGCUUGGCCAACAAAUCGGGCUUCAUGCAGAGUACCUCUGCUCUAGGCGGAGCUCUUGCGUCGGAAAAGCGGCGCAUGGUUCUAAUUGCCACCAUGGAGUACGAUAUUGAGGAUUGGGCUAUCAAAAUCAAGAUCGGUGGUCUCGGUGUUAUGGCCCAACUGAUGGGUAAGACCCUAGGUCACCAAGACUUGAUCUGGGUCGUUCCUUGCGUUGGAGGUGUCGACUACCCUGUUGACCAGGUGGCAGAGCCUAUGACAGUCACCAUUCUCGGAAGUCCCUACCAGGUUCAAGUCCAGUACCACGUCUUGAAUAAUAUCACCUACGUCCUACUCGAUGCCCCAGUGUUCCGUCAACAGUCGAAGACCGAACCCUACCCUCCUCGCAUGGAUGAUCUUGAUAGUGCUGUGUACUAUUCAGCAUGGAACCAGUGUGUCGCAGAAGCCAUUAAGCGAUUCCCAAUUGACACCUACCAUAUCAACGAUUACCACGGUUCGCUCGCACCUCUUUACUUGCUACCAGGAACUAUCCCCGUAUGUCUUUCCCUACACAAUGCCGAGUUCCAGGGUCUUUGGCCUAUGCGAACCCUUAAGGAAAAAGAAGAGGUUUGCUCGGUUUUCAACCUUGAUGAGGAGGUCGCUCGUCGUUACGUGCAAUUCGGUGAAGUGUUCAAUUUGCUCCACGCCGGUGCAAGUUAUCUCCGUGUUCACCAGCAAGGUUUCGGUGCCGUCGGUGUCUCUAAAAAGUACGGCAAACGAUCCUACGCUCGCUAUCCUAUUUUCUGGGGUUUGCAUAAGGUCGGCAAUCUGCCUAACCCUGAUCCAUCUGAUGUCGGUGAGUGGACAAAGGAGCCUACCAAAGAGGCAGACAUCACCGUGGAUCCAACAUACGAGGCUAGCCGUGGCGAGCUCAAGAGACAGGCUCAGGAAUGGGCAGAACUCGACCAAAACCCUGAUGCCGAUCUGCUUGUCUUUGUCGGUCGCUGGUCUAUGCAAAAGGGUGUUGAUCUUAUUGCGGACGCAAUGCCUGCUGUCAUCGAAGCUCGGCCCAACGUACAGUUGAUCUGUAUUGGUCCCGUUAUCGAUCUUUACGGUAAAUUCGCUGCCCUUAAGCUUGACCACAUGAUGAAAGUCUAUCCCGGACGAGUCUGCUCUAAGCCUGUAUUCACUUCGCUUCCACCUUUCGUCUUCUCUGGUGCUGAGUUUGCCUUGAUCCCAUCUCGUGACGAGCCCUUCGGUCUGGUUGCCGUCGAGUUUGGUCGAAAGGGUGCAUUGGGUAUCGGAGCUCGUGUUGGUGGUCUUGGUCAAAUGCCAGGUUGGUGGUACAAUGUGGAAUCAGUCUCGACAUCUCAUCUCCUUAUGCAAUUCAAGCUUGCAAUUGAGGCUGCCCUCAAUUCCAAAACAUCCGUCCGUGCGAUGAUGCGUGCUAGAUCCGCGAAACAGCGUUUCCCUGUUGCCCAGUGGGUUGAGGAUCUUGAGAUCCUCCAAACUACUGCCAUCAACGUUCACAACAAAGUGAAAACGAACAAUACCAGCAUUAGACCCGGCACUUCUUCUGGAGUUGGCAGUCUCAGUUCAGCAAUGAACUCUAUGACUAACCUCGGCAAUGGGCUGCCUUCACCAGGCAUGAACUCUCCAUUCGCGCAUUCCAGGGAAAGCAGCUACUCCUUCAAUCAAAUGAAUAACAUGACCCCUCAAAAGAAGGUCAGCUACAGUCCAGAUCCAAGCAUGGACGAGACAGAGAAGCCGAAGUCGGGACUGAGUCGUUCUCUCUCCUUGGGUGUCCGCUCAGGCCCCGGUCAUGCUGGACGCCGCAGAAGAGCAGAAGGAGGAGAGGGUAUCCCAGAACACGAUGAACAUGGAGCCACUGAUGUCGAAGGUGAUGAGAGUAGCGACGACGAAGCUGCCCGCCAUUUUGGCGACGACGAAUACACUCUUACCCCAGCCCAAGUCGAGGCAGGACGACGAGCCCAGGCCGCUCAAAGGGACCGUGCUCAAAACUUGCCUUCUCCCAUGGCUUCUCCAACAAGGGAAGUCAGUCAAGAGUCUUUGCAUCCCAGGUUCAUGGUUCCGUUGGAAAGCCCAGGAAGUCCGGGAACACCACCCAACGCAGACAGCCUUCUUCUUCCUCCUCAGCCAUUUGCCCAGUCCAACCGUCUCAGCAGCGCAUCCGUUCUCUCUUUGGACUCCGUUGUCGGCAACAAGACAGACUUCAAGCUACAGAAGGUUGAUCCUUUCUUCACGGACAGCACUGGCGAGUACUUCAAGACGUUUGACAAGAAAUUGGAUGCCUUGAAUGGAUCCAACUCCGAGUCUCAACUCUGUAUUGAAGAGUUCUUGAUUAAGAGUGAGCAGCAGUGGUUCGACAGAUUCCGCAAUGCCAGACUGGGUCGCAGCAAAUCUCCCACGCCAUCGAUCCGUCAUUCAUCAAGAAACACUGACACCCCCGACAAUAUGUUCUACAAUGAUGAUCUCAUUUCCAACGUGAACAGCAACGAAGAUGUUCUGCAGGAUGAUGAGUUCCUUCUCGGAAAGGACUAUGUCCCUCCUACUGGCCUCAAGAAAUGGAUGCAAAUCAAAAUUGGAGAUUGGCCGGUCUACUCCAUUUUCCUCGCUCUAGGCCAGAUCAUCGCUGCAAACUCCUACCAGAUCACUCUGCUCACAGGUGAAGUUGGUCAGACUGCAGAGAAGUUGUAUGGAAUUGCUACAACAUAUGCCAUUGCAUCCAUGUGCUGGUGGCUCGUGUACCGGUACUUCAAGUCUGUUGUCUGUCUUUCUACUCCGUGGUUCCUAUACGGUCUUGCAUUCCUCUUGAUUGGAUCUGCUCACUGGCAAAGUGAUUCCUUCAGCCGGGGAUGGAUCCAGAAUGUUGGCACCGGUUUCUACGCCGCAGCCUCCGCCAGUGGAUCCAUCUUCUUCGCUUCCAACUUUGGUGAUGAAGGAGGUGCUCCGGUUGAAACCUGGAUUUUCCGUGCCUGUGUUAUCCAAGGUAUUCAGCAAGUCUACGUUAUUGCCCUCUGGUACUGGGGUUCCACCAUGUCCAAGGCUUCUUCGGAGGGUCUCUUGAGCGCUGAGACUGGCCUUGCCAAUAGCUGGAAAAUGAGUGCGAUCUGUUACCCCAUCGCCGCCUUCCUGUGCAUUGUCGGUGCUCUGUUGGCUACAGGUCUUCCCAACUACUACCGCCAGAAGCCAGGAAAGGUGCCAUCCUUCUACAAGUCCCUUUUCCGCAGAAAGAUCGUCGCCUGGAACUUCGUCGCAGUCAUCCUGCAGAACUUCUUCCUCAGUGCACCAUACGGUCGCAACUGGAGCUUCCUAUGGACCUCCCGACACACUCACUCAUGGCAGAUCGUCCUCCUCUGCGUCAUCUUCUUCGGCUUCGUCUGGUGUAUAUUCCUCUUCAUUGUCAGCAAAUUCUCCAAGAAGCACAGUUGGUUCCUUCCCGUCUUCGCCUGUGGCCUGGGCGCACCCCGCUUCAUCCAGAUCUGGUGGGCCAUCUCCGGCAUCGGGUACUACCUACCCUGGGCCGGAAGCUACACUUCCGGUGCGCUGGUCUCUCGCAGUUUGUGGCUGUGGCUGGGCGUUCUGGAUUCCAUCCAAGGUCUUGGAUUCGGUAUCAUCCUUCUCCAGACUCUUACUCGAGUCCACAUGUGUUUCGCUCUUAUUGCAUCUCAGGUGCUGGGUUCCAUUGCAACUAUCUGUGCCCGAGCCUUCGGUCCCAAUAGAGUGGGCCCCGGUCCGAUUUCUCCUGACAUGACUCAGGGUGCCCAUGCCUUGGCUAAUGCCUGGUUCUGGGUGGCCUUGUUCUGUCAGUUGUUGAUUUGUGCUGGAUUCUUGCUGUUCUUCCGUAAGGAACAACUCGCCAAACCUUAA